AUGAGCCUCAUCACCAAAGAAUGCGUAGAAUUUUUGGGUUUGAAAACUAAACCCAUCCGAACGCAUAUUAAGGGAAUAAGUGGUUCAGGUCAUUCAAUCAAAGCGAAGAUUUUAGCCCAUAUUUCGAACGAAACAGAUACUUUUUCUCACAAUUUAGAAUUAUGUAUUAUUCCAAAAAUAACAGAUGUAAUUCCUUCGACAAAACUGGAUAUUUCUAAUUUAACGAUACCGCAUGACAUUACAUUAGCAGAUCCUAACUUCUAUACACCUGGUAAAAUCAAUACAUUGAUAGGAAAUGAACUAUUCUUUCACAUCUUGAGGGAAGGUAGAGUUCAAGCGCUGAAUGGAAACAUAAUAUUGCAAAACACAGAAUUUGGUUAUUUAAUGACAGGGAUCGUACCUACUGUUAAUAAUCAAUCGUAUUGUUAUUUGAUAAAGGAAUCAAGUCUCGAUAAUGCAAUUAAGAAGUGUUUCGAAUUAGAAUCCUUCCCAGGAGAUGGUAAGAAAUUCGUAAAGAAUGAAGAAGAAAUAUUUUGCGAAAGGCAUUUUAAUGAAACAUACUCGCGUGAUAAAACAGGUAGAUACAUAGUAAAAUUACCUAUGAAGGACGAUGCAACUAUUAUUCUGGGUUCAUCUAAAGAAAUUGCUAUUAAGAGACUGAAUACAAUUUGGAAUCGUCUUGGUGCUAAUAAAACUAUGGCUAAUUUGUAUAAGGAGUUUAUGAACGAAUAUUUAAACUUAAAUCACAUGGAACCUGUUAUUCCCGUGGAUAACUGUGACACUUGUUACUACAUUCCGCAUCACGUAGUUUAUCGCCCGUAG